AUGUUGGAGCGAGCAAACAGUAGCUCCGCAGAUCCUGGUAUUUCAAGGAGCAGUGGAGUAGCAGCGACGACGGCUGCUGAGCAGCAACCUGAGGUGCCGGUGUUAAGCGUGGAUGGCCAGAUCUGUGCGGCGGAGGGCGUGGCCGAUGCUGGGAUGGAGGUCUUGCUGCCAGCCUCCAAGCAGUCGGUAGGCGCAAUGGAUCCUAAAGCUCCAGGCUGGAUCAAAAGGGUGAGGAUUGGGGUGGAAGCACCUGCUUGCAAUAUAUUCUACAAUGCUGAUAGUGAUGGAGGGGCGCGGCCGUUGGUGGAUUUCUGGUGGUACCUCAAGGAGACCUUCCCAGGUGACCCAUUCCACGUGGCGGUGCCGGUGCGUGAGCGAGCUGCCAGACCGCACGUGGCGGCGGCGCUUCGAUACUUCUUCCCGUUCCUGGAGUGGGCGCCAGCCUAUGGGCUGGGCACCUCAAGUCGGACCUCAUCGCCGUCCGUGUGGAUAAGAAGAGCGACCGAACGACCAAAGAAAUUAAAUCCCCAUCGCAUCUUCCUAUCCACGCCCGAGACAGUUCCAGGCGGAGCGCUCAACGGCCGGCCGGCUGGCCACGAGCACGCAUGCGCCGCAGCGGCGAUCACUGGCGGCGAGAGGCGCACCCGCUAUGCUCGUCCUCGUCCGAGGUUUGCCAGGGAGCUGCGUCCCGGGCGCGACGCCGUUCGCGAGUCCCAGCGCGGCCGGGCUCCACGAGCCGGCACGGCGACCGCGUCUGCCCGAGGGCGAGGCCGCCGCCGAGCUAGGCGGGAGGCCGCGGGUCACGAGAGGGUCGGCGAAGGCGACGGUGUCGCGGGAGUAGGCGAGGGCAGAGGCGAGGCAGCCGUGUUCACAUCCACGGCCGUGAAGCCGAUGGAUGCAUGCGACGCGCCGGCCUGCGUACCGUCGGCAGCGGCCAUUGAGGAGUCGCUCGUGCCGUUCCCUGGAGUCAGAGCAGCCAUCACAGACGUGACGGGUUCGACGUGCAGCCUCGGGGCUGCCAGACCGGCGAGGAGCCAAUCCUCUACCGCCGGCACCAGGGGCGCGACGUCCGGCCCAAGGUCCUGCACCGGCAGGGGCACGGGCGCCUACUCGGCCGUCACAAGGUUUUGCACCGGCACCCUCGCGGCGCCGUUCCGGUGGCGAUGAGGAAAACCACGGAAGCCUCGGUAGCCUCCUGCUCCAUGGCGGCGGCCAAGGUAGCGGCCUGGUCCGCCGUAGCGACGGCCGUCGUGUCGAUGGGCAGAGACGCGUUACAGACAGCGAAAAAGCAACUCUUUUCUCACCUUUGUAGAUGUUUUUGUUCCGGCGAGACUCGCUCAACGGCGAGCGUGCUGAUAACGUAUUGAAUGUGAAUGUAAACGAAACAAGAGCGAGAGCAAAUGAUUCAACUGUUGUUUCAACA